AUGAUGGAAGAAGAAGAAGAUAAUGAGUUAGAUUUAAGUAUACCAGUAAAAUCAUUAUUAGAGGAUAUCUCAUGUCCAAUUUGUUUAAAUUUUAUAGAAGAAUGCUCAACACUUAGUUGUGGUCACAAUUUUUGUCACAAAUGUGUUUCAGAAUGUAUAAAUAGAAAUCAUAAAUGUCCAUUAUGUAAUAAAACAGCACUAAAAGAGAAUAUAUAUAGAAAUCAUCAAUUUGAAAAAAUUAUAAAAAUUAUACGUAUAGAAAAAGAAAAAUCAAAAACUAUUUAUUAUGAUAAUUUAAUUUCUGGUGCAUCAAAUGGAAAAAUAACAACAACAACAACAACAAAUAAUAAUAAUAAUAAUAAUAAUAAUAAUUCAAAUGAUAAAUUAUUAAAUAUUAAUGAAGAUAAUUCAAAUUCAUCACCAGUUGAACAAUUAUUUAAAAAAUAUUUAAAAUCAUCAUUAAUUUCAUUUGAAAGUCAUUAUCAAGAUUUAUCAAAACCCUAUAAUGAUAAUGUAAAGAAAAUCAAUUCUAAAAUGCAAGAGAAUAUUGAUAGAGUUAGUGCUAAUACCAACACAGCAUCAAUGAGUGAAAUAUUAAUUGACCAAAUUAGAAAAGAGUAUCAAAUUAAACAAGAUAAAUUAAAAGAAGAUUUUAAAAUCUCAACCAAUUAUUUAUUAUCAUCAUUGGAAGAUUAUUUAAAGAAAGCGGCAGUACCACCAUCAUUUAUCAAUAUUUAUACAAGUAUUAUGAUACCUGAACGUGAUAUAAUAUUUGAUCAUUGUUCAUUUAAACCAACAUCAUGUCUAUCGGAUAUUCGUGCAACUCUAGUUGAGAAACUUAAUAAUCGUGGUGACAAAUUUCAAUUCAUUUCAUUCAAUGACGAUUCUCAUUUCGUAGCUUUAAAACCCACAAGUAUGUUAAUCGAUGGUAGUGAUAGUAAUGAAAUUAAACUAAUCGAUGAAUUGAAACCACUUUACUUUUAUCAAAUUCCUCAAGGUUCAAAGAUACAAUUACGUGGUGGCAUUCAAUUAAAAGGUGAUAUACCAAAAGAAUGUUUCAAAAAACUCUUUGUACCAGAUCAAAAUAUGACUAUGGAUUAUUAUCGUUGUGAAGAUUGUAAAGUAAAUUGGAUUUGUAAAAAUUGUUCAGAAUUUUGUCAUAAAGGUCAUAAAAUAGUUAGUUACAUUUUAAAUCAUAAACCAGCUUAUGGAUGUUGUUAUGAUGAAAAAUUUAAAUGUUGUAAAUUAAUAAAUAAAUAA